AUGGAUCCUGAUUCUAAAGAUUCAAUAAAAACGGAUUCAUCAUUCGUAAAAAAAUUCAUUGUAUUAUUACAACGCCUUAUCAAUGAUAUCUGGUCAAGUCCAAUAAAUCUUAUUUUAGCUUUUUUAAUUAUAUGUUUACUUGUAAAAUUAGUUUUAUUAAGACGUAAAUCAUCAAAUAAUGCUAGUCGAAAACAAACACCCGUACAAUUACCAAAACUACCAAAAACUGAUUUAACAAUAGCACAAUUACGUGGUUAUAAUGGAAUUGAAUCAAAUGGACGAAUUCUAACAGCGAUAUAUGGAGAUAUUUUUGAUGUUAGUCGUCGAGUUGAUUUAUAUGGAUUAGAAGGAUCAUAUUCGUUAUUUGCUGGACGUGAUGCUACACGUGCAUUAUCUAAAAUGCAAUUAGAUCCAUCAUUAUUUUCAAAUGAGUAUGAUGAUCUUAUUGAUCUUACUGAUAAAGAACGAUCAACAGCUCGAAAUUGGCAUGAAGAUUUUCGUGAAAAAUAUGAUAUUGUUGGUCGUCUUCUAAAGCCCGGAGAAAAACCAAGUAUUUAUCCAUCUGAAGAAACAACUGUUGAUGGAGGCUAUAACAUAGCUGACAAAAAACGAGAAUGA